UUUCCCUUCUAGUGCCGUGUUUCCUUUUCCAACCUGCUGGCUCUUUCCCUUUUGGCACGAGACGUCAUCGCAACGGCAGUACCGUUUAUCUAAGCCCGGGCCUCUUGAAUACUACACCUUGUCACUCCGCCGGCCUUCACAAUGGAGAAACACAUCGAACUCCAGACCUUCGGUGGCGAUGCGCUGCGAAAUCGCCAUGACAAGGAUUCCCUCUCGGACGUCAAAGGUCAAGAGUUUGACCGUGAUCGAUAUGAGCUGGCAAGAGUGGGUAAAGAGCAGGUGUUGAAGCGUCGCUUCGGCUUGGUUUCCAUGACUGGUCUGUCCUGUGGUUUGAUGUGUACAUGGGAGAGUCUACUUGUCAUCUUCUUGACUGGCUUCCAAAAUGGCGGACCUGCUGGGCUCAUCUACGGCUUCAUACUUAUCUGGCUCGGCAACUUCUCGGUCUUUAUCUGUAUCGGGGAGUUGGCAAGUGCUGUACCAACCGCAGGAGGUCAAUACCAUUGGGUAUCCUUGCUUGCGCCAAGAUCGAACAAGCGCUUCUUCAGCUACAUCACCGGUUGGCUCACCGUUAUAGGCUGGAUUGCAGCUCUCACAUCAGUGUGCUUCUUCGUCUCCGAUCUGAUCCUACAACUGGCGAGUCUGAACCACCCCGGCACAUACGUACGAGAGAACUGGCAUGCGACAUUGCUCCUCUGGGCAGUACUAAUACUUUGUGUCUUCAUCAACGUUUUCGUCAGUGGAGCGCUGCCAACCAUCGAAGUCGUUGUCCUCAUUGUCCACGUCUUAGGAUUCUUCGGAAUCUUGGUGCCAUUGGUGUACCUCACUCCUGCACACAACUCUGCAAAAGACGUUUUCACCACAUUCCACAACAAAGGUCAAUGGCCAACCCAGGCACUGGCUUUCUUCGUCGGCUUACAAGGCAAUGCUUUGGCGUUCGUCGGAACCGACUCUGUCGUGCACAUGUCCGAAGAAGUCAGAAACGCUAGUACCGACGUACCGCGCUCGAUGCUCAUGAGUCUCGGUAUCAAUGGAACUCUUGCCGUUGGACUACUCCUCGCUGUACUCUUCAGUGCGACAGGCCUCGAACAGCUGCUCAUGGAUGAUUCGGCUUUGUCACCCUUCAUCCGGAUCUUUCAACAGGCUGUGGGCUCAGAUUUGGGCGCUACUAUCAUGGUCUGUAUCAUCAUUGCCUUGGAGUUCUGUAGCGCAAUGGGCUGCCUGGCUGCAGCAUCUCGCAUGACCUGGUCCUUCGCGCGUGACAGAGGUCUCCCCUUCUCCCGCGCUCUCAGCAUGAUUGACAAGCGCACUACGAUCCCCGUGGUCGCCAUCUUGGUCGUAACAGUGUUCGCUGCACUCCUCGCCCUUAUUAACAUAGGCAACAGCGCUGCUUUUAAUGGAACCAUUUCGCUCGUCCUUGAAGGGUUCUAUCUUUCCUACCUGCUCGCAAUCGGUCUUCUCCUCUGGCGUCGUGUGCGCGGUGAUCUCGACAGCCAGAACGCUGAGCUAGCGAUUUUCAGCUCUUCCCUACGUCACGACGAAGCCUACGACCGUAGUCUAACCUGGGGACCCUGGCGGCUCAAGGGUGCUCUAGGUGUUGCCAACAAUGCAGUUGCGAUAUGCUAUCUGCUGCUUAUCAUAUUUUUCAGCUUCUGGCCCACACAAAUGAACCCUACAGCUGAGAUGAUGAACUGGGCUGUUGUGGUUACUGGUGGCGUUGCAACAUUCUCGGUCGUGUACUAUGUCGUCUUCGCGAGGAAGAGUUACACUGGUCCAAUUGUUGAGGUCGACCCUCAUGUCCUGUGAGGCAGGUAGCCCAGGUUGAGAAGUAUGGAGGCACCAGGGUGCUUAAAAACGGCAGCGGCCAGGGUGGAAUGACUCUGGAGCUAUACUGGUGGCUCCAUCUGCGUCGCUAGUCUGAUGGGAUGAUGGACGAUGCACAGCUCGUGUUCAGCUGACCGUAGAUUGUUACGUCUUUAUAUAAUUAGGUAGUACGUAGAUAAUGAAGUCAUGACUUAAUGUCAGCCCCUA